AUGAAGAAGAAUGAGUUCACUGUUGCUUGUUCAAAAUUCCGGUCUCGGUACAGAGAUACAGAAAAUGUAGAUGAUACCAGACAGCUCAACCUGCCACCAUCUCUCUUUGAGAACAGUCCAUUCGACUCGAAUGAAGAGAAAUUGGCAUGGGAAUACUACGUGAGUCUAGUCUCAUCAAACGUCCCUGCCUUAGAUGGACCAGACAAUCCUUACCGGCACCUAUCAUUCAUCGCACUAUCAUCCCCUAUCUUGCGUGAGACAAUCGUCUGCAUAGCCACAGAACACAUGCUGAACUUCGGCAUGGGCAGCGUAUCGAGUGCCGCACAACGCCAGCAGCGAAUGCUCCGCACCAUAGGCCAGAAUCUCCAGUUGGUCACUCGUCCAGGUACCCGUGUGACCAGAGAUGUUACAUCAGAGACGAGCAUGGUAGACCAUGAAGCUCUGCUCACAGCCGUUGUGUUACAGGGCGUUGUUAUCGCGCAGUCGGAAGAUGGUGUUCUAGAACCCCAUAUGCGGUGCGCCUCGUUUCUCAUGGAGUCAUUGGACUACUUUCGCCACAUACCACGUUCUGCUCUCAUGCGAAUGACCGUGCAGCGGUUUGCCAUGGUUGACCUUAUGCUGGCAUUCUCACGGCAACGGCGACCAUAUGCACCGCGGGAUUUCAUGCUUUUUCGGCCUGAUACAGAGAGAUGGGAUCAGUCGGAGCCAUCGUUUCAUAAAAUGACUGGCUGUCCCCAGCCACUAAUGUGCUUCAUGGUACAGAUCGCACACCUGGCGUGCGACAUGGAAGAACAAGUGGAACAAGAUGCCCCAAUUGAUCACUUGCUUACCCAGGCAUAUUGCCUGGAGAGUGACCUCCGGUUAUGGGGCGCACAAUAUACAGAGCCUAUUCCGGAUGACUGUGUGCGCCCGCCUUUGGAUAUUCUGACAGAGUGUUUCUACUGGAGCUCGCAUCUCCUACUUGCGCGACGUGUGUUUCGCGAUCCAACCCGCUCGCCUCGGGUCCAACAUUUAACACAUACUUGCUUUCGAUUGAUGAAUCAACUAUCGACAGGCUGUGGACCCGAUUCAUCUCUUCCUCAACCUUUCUAUCUCGCUGCGCGUGAAGCAGUCACUCUGGAAGACCGGGUUUGGGUGCGACAAAAGCACGAGUCGAUGACGGCGUAUUAUCGAGAGCAGCAACGGAACACGGCAAUGCGACUGACAGAACAGGUUUGGGAGAUCAUGGAUCAGACCGAGUCGAAUAGUCUGGCAAUCUCUUGUGCGGAAAAGCGGAUCAAGUUACUGGAUGAACAGUCUUGCCUGUUCAUUUUUUGA